UUAGCACUGCUAAUCAUUUCAUUUCUUUUAUGCUAAUGUUACGAGUUUCACUACUUUUCUAACCCCUGUUGGACUAAUUUGUUUUGACUGGCUCUUUGUGUUUUGUUUUGGGGGUUUUCUGGUGUGGUUUAUUGGAUGUUGCUUGUCUUUCUGGGUUCUUGUCUAUGUUGCUCUGUUUGGGUGGUAUUAGUCAUGGCCGAGUCAUCCAAGCGCCGUAAAGCUACGGUUUCUCGUUCUUCCUUCAACUCUGAAAAGUUCCCAUCUAAAGAAAAAUCUAAGUUGUUUAGGGAGUCUUUUGCAUCUCGUAAAGUACAUUUAGAGCGCAAUAUCCUCCCAAAUGCCUUUGAGGUUAUUCCCAUUCGGUCUUUAUUUGAUACGUUAGGCGGAGAUCAAGUGUUGCAUUUCUCCGGGCCACAAAAUUUGAGUCUCAUCCGGGAAUUCUAUUGCAAUAUCCAUUCCAUUCGAAAAGAACUUCCGGCCUCCUUUGAGACUUGGGUUAGGAAGAAGUCACUUGUUAUCACUGGGGAUGUGUUUCGGAUUUUACUUGGUCUUCCUGAGGUUCACAAUUGUCAUUUUCCGUUUCUUACCCGGUCAGGUGUUGAUUUCAAUUGUGUUGCGACUGAGUUAUGUGGUGUUGACCGGACUUGGAUCACUGGGGAUCUCCUUCAGCAAAAUGAGUUGCUUCCUCGGUUCCGUCUCUUGAAUAUCAUCGUGUGUGCGAAUCUUUAUGUCACCACCCAUUCCUCGCAUAUUACUCAGGACCAAGGUUAUGUUCUGUAUUGUAUUCAUCACCGACUACCUAUUGACCUUCCGGAAAUGAUUGUUUCAAAAAUGAUUGGGGUUUCUGAGGGCAGAAAAUCUUUGGGGCUUCCUUAUGGGUGUUUGCUUACUCGUUUUCUCACUGCCCUUGAUGUUCUUUCUUUUGAUGAUGAUGAGUUUGCUUACCCUAUCAAACCCAUUACUAAAUUGACAGUCUCUCAGAGUCAGGCUCAUGUGAGGGGGAGUGUGUCGGGGGUUGGGAGUUCUGGUGCAGGUAAUGAUGAUCCCCUUGCCGAGGAGGAGGAGUUUGAGGCCGCCAAUGCCGGUGCCCCUGAUCUUCCUGAGCUACGUCCUCGCUCAUUUCGUGGCCAGCUACAGCACUUUGAGCAGUCUGUUACACGUCGCCUUGAUCUUUUGGCUACACGUCUUGAUGCUUUUGAUGGCCGCCUUGAUGAGCAGAGUGCCAUGCUUGCUCAGAUUCUUUCUCUUCUUCAGUUGCAGCAGCCACCAU